CGUUUCAGAAGAAUAAUAUAAAGAUAUGGUUAUAACUGUUCAACUUAUAGCUUUUCUUUAUCUGACCUUUACAUCGGUAAAUGGACAUGGAAAUAGUAAUUACAACAAUGGAAAUCGUCCAUCAUUAAUAAGACCACAAGUUAGUCAGCGUCUACAUACAUCUCAUGUCCAGGAAACUGCUAAUGUCUACAACAUUGAUCGCAUGGCAGAAAGAGUGAACAUUCAUGAUAAUUUUGACUCUACAGUGCCCGCGGUAACAUCAAGAUUUGCUUCAGGAUUUACAUCACAACAAAUAAUACCAAAUGUACUACCAGGUGGACUUUACGCAGGGUCAUCUAAUAAUAAUGAUGCGAGACUUAGUUCGACAUUAGGUGCAUGGAAUAGCUAUGGACAACGUGUGAAGAGAUUUGCCUUACCAAAUGUUUCUGUGAUACAGAAAAGCAAUCAAAUUGAAGCAGCUUUAGCAGAAAAUCAGCAUUUGAGAACAACUCUACACGGUCUUGAUAAUGGAAUCCACAACGCCAAUGUUGUGGGUUCACUUGUUAAUAAACACAAAUCUAAAAUAGGAAAAGGACUUGCAAAGAACGAACGUCUAGCAAAAGUUCUAAAUGAUAUACAAAAUGGCGGAGAUACAUUGGUUGUCCAUGGAGAGGUAUUAGAUAUACACAAUCACCCGAUAGGAAAGGCUUUAUCUAAAAAUGGAAGGCUCAGUAAACGUCUUGAUGAUAUCCACAACGAUAACCAUUCCUUACUUGUCCAAGGUUCAAAGAGAAAGACAAUUAAAGAAAUACGAAAAUCCAACACUGCACUAAAAAAUCUAAUCGUAAAAUCUAAAAAGCAAAGGAGGAAAUCAAAAGCAAUGACCAAAAAGCAGAUAAAACAAGAAAAUGCUAAGGUUAGGAAACAGAUUUUUCAUGCAAGACGACAGAAAAACCAACAAACUCCAAUCAUAAUAGAUAACACAAAUACAGUUAGUAUCCAACAAUCAAGUCGUCAGCAGCAAAAUUAUGUUCCAUCUUCAUUUGUUAUUGACCAAAGUCAUCCGAUUGGAUUAACACUGGCAGACAAUAGAAAUCUACAAACUCAGUUACAUAUCCCCAAUCCAAAUAUAAAUGGUCCUGUUACUUUUGUAGAUAAGUACUCUUCAAAUAUAGGAAAAGGUCUAGCAGAGAAUGAACGAUUAACAAAAUUAUUGAAUGAUAUUCAAUAUGGCGGAGACACUUUAGUCGUUCACGGCGAAGCUUUAGAAAUGCGUAAGCAUAAAAUAGGAAAAGGAUUAACCAAGAAUGACCGAUUAAAUAAAAUGCUUUAUGACAUUCAAAAUGAGAAAGAUUCCAUAGUAAUUCAAGGUUCAAAGAGAAAGCUUAUGAAAGAAAUACGAAAGGCAAAUGCAUUAUUAAGAAAGAGAAUUGAUAAGGCGAAGCAACAACACAAGAACAAGAAGACUAAAACACUGAGAGAAAUACGAAAAGACAAUGCUUCCCUUAAAAGAACCAUACAACGAAAUCAACGAAAAAGGCUCUAAACAAAGCGUUAGAAUAUAGACACGUUCAGAUUUGAACUUGCACAUAAUAGACUAAAGGAAAAGUCCCUAUUGUACACACACACAUACAUUUUUAUAAUUAAACUUUACACUAUUAAAAUCACAACAUAAAAAUGGAAUGUUAGUGCCUUUUAUUUGACCUUCUUGAGCUGUUAGAAGCACAUGGACUCGGUUAGCAGAUUGAAAAAUUUUAAUCAAAGUUUUUAAUUUUUUUUCCACAUUUCCUGUCUAUUGGUAUUACUUUAUCAACAGGAUUUUUUGACAGAAUAUACGAAAAAUAUUGAUAAAUAUUUUUGAAUCUGCUAACCGAGUCCGUGUGGUUCCAAACCAUCUACAUACUGAAUAAACAUAUUGUCCUUUGGUCUUUUUUGGAAUGUUGUCUUAUUGGCAAUCAUACCACAUAUCCUUAUUUUUCACUGUCUGUAUGUGAAAAUUAUGAGAAUUUGUGUAUUGUACAUGUUGAAUAAAAAGAUCUAUAUCAUU